CACAGCAGUGAAGAAGAGCACGUUGUUACUGGAAAAGGCUUGCGCCGCAGCUUGCAACUUUUAGCUGUUCUUCAUCCGAUUGUUUUGACACCUAUCUGGAAGGAUUUCACCUUCCAUUAAGUCGUAGCUGUAAUUAAAUAUUCAGCGUGUAAUUCUUAGAUUCAGUUCUCUACCUAAGCGUAAUUUUUAUCGUUUAUUCGUGAGGAGAAGACGGGUUAGCCGAUUUGCUAACUUCCUAGCGAGUUUUGUGCUAUCAUGUCCGGCGGAGGUGUUGUGCGUGGACCGGCUGGGAGUAACGACUGUCGUAUAUACGUGGGAAAUCUCCCACCAGACAUCCGUUCAAAGGACGUUGAAGACCUGUUUUACAAAUAUGGAUCCAUUCGUGAUAUCGAUCUGAAAAACCGGAGAGGAGGACCACCAUUUGCCUUCGUGCAGUUCGAGGACCCGAGGGAUGCAGAGGAUGCUGUUUAUGGGCGUGAUGGUUAUGACUACGAUGGAUACCGCCUGCGUGUUGAGUUCCCUAGAAGUGGAAGGGGCGGGGGUGGAGCUGGAGGUGGAGGUGGAGGUGGAGGUGGAGCAAUGGGACCCCCGAGGGGAAGGUACGGACCCCCGUCCCGACGCUCCGAGUACAGGGUUGUUGUGUCAGGUCUUCCCCCCAGUGGAAGCUGGCAGGACCUGAAGGAUCACAUGCGAGAGGCAGGUGAUGUAUGUUAUGCUGAUGUGUACCGUGAUGGCACCGGGGUAGUGGAGUUUGUUCGCAAAGAAGACAUGACCUACGCUGUCCGUAAAUUGGACAACACCAAGUUUCGCUCCCAUGAGGGAGAGACGGCCUACAUUCGUGUGAAGAUGGACGGUCCUCGCAGCCCCAGCUAUGGCCGUUCUCGCUCUCGUAGCCGCAGUCGAAGCCGGAGCAAGAGCGGAUCUCGCAGCUACUCCCCUCGUCGCAGCAGAGGAUCUCCACGUUACUCUCCCCGCCAUUCCCGCUCCCGCUCCCGCUCUCGCACCUAGAUUCACCUGACCUUAACUAAAGCAAUGGUGUACCUCAGAGCUGGAGAGGACACCUUCACAUCACUUAACAAAUCCUGUACAUUAACCACAGAUCAUCUUGUGUGACCUGUUCAUUCUGUCAUGAUUUGUGUUCCCAUUUCCCCCACUUUUUGUUGCAGUUUUCUUUGUAGUUUUCAUUUUUUGCAUACGAGAUGUACACAAACCAGAUGUCUGGUCUGUGUACAUGGGCCCAUUUUGCUCCUGAUGUGCCAUGCUUCCCGUUUUCCAGUCUCGCAAACAUUGUGUUUCUGCUAACCAUCUUUUCUUCUUCUCUAUACUGUUCUUCUGCUGAUUGUCUUCAUUGUAUGCUUUAUGUUUUGUUUCGUUUAUAAAAUUUAACUUCUUCUAAGCA